AUGAACCAUAUUUGCAACAUGAAAUAUGUUGUUGAUCUAUUUGAAAUGGUUUCAACAAACAUAUUUAGAAAAAUACCACCUUAUCCAGCUCUUUAUGAAAAUAUUUCCACGGAUUUUUCCGCAACGGACUUAUCAUGGGAACAUAUCAAGCUUUGCUAUUUGAUAUUGAUUAGAAUUUUACCUCAAAUUCCAACAAUUGACUCUAUUUUCAUUAACAGAAUUGUUUCACGUCUUUACACUCCGCUUACAGUUGAGCAAGAUCAAAUUACAUCAUUUCUAUCUGUUUGUAUUACAGAAUUCGCUUAUACAAGAAAAUUUAUCAGAAGCGAAUUACUUAAAACUCUUGUUGAGUAUUACGAUCUUCAUAGAUAUCCAUUUUCAAUUGCUCCAGCCCUUACUCUUAUCGCCAGGCACUUUUCCGAAUUGAAAAUCACUUCCCAAGACUUUUUAGUUUACAUUGCUCCACUUUUAUCAGCGCCUCACCUCAAGUUCUUCUCAAACCAGUUCCAGAAAGUCGCCAGCGUUGUUUUGUCGAAUAAUCAAAAUUCUGGUUUCCAAAUUUUCGACAAAAUUGUGAAAUUCUGGCCGAAAACUAACAUUGAGAAGCAAGCGUGUGCAGUCCGCAUCAUUAUUGACAUUUGUGAGCUUCUUCCUCCCGAUCAAUUCAAACAGACCGUUUCGAAGCUCUCUCAGAUCUUUAAUGAUGCUGUUUCGAGUCCGAACUCCGAUGUUGCUGAGCAAUGCCUGAUUAUUUGGGAUAGACAGAAGCUUUUGUCGAAUAUCCAGUCAGAUAACUACUCUUUGAUACCGUUGAUCAUUAAUUCGUUGAUCAACACUUACUACACUCACUGGUCUGCAUCAGUUCAGAACAGCGCCUCUGCCGCUUUGAAGAUUUUGAGCGAAUUCUGUCCGAAAGUCGUCAGAAACUGCAUGAUGCAGCAGACGAAGAUAAGUGUUGAUGCAAAUGAGUAUUACCACUCUUCCUGGAUAAAAAUUGCGAAAAAAGCUGGUGAACACGACAUGAACAUGGAUAUCUUCUCAAAACUCGAAAAUAUCAAUAACGCUUUCCCACCUGAGACAAUUAUGUUCAGAAGAAACUUUUCUUUUAGUCCUGAGCACUAG